AUGUCUUCCGCACCGCGAACUCCUUCUCCCCGGCCCAAGAGCCCGUCGGAGAUCCCGACCCAGACACCCCAAUUUCGUGCUUUUUCUCUUAGCACCUUGAAUGGAAGAUUCAACCAUGGAAAUCUAGAGCCAGUCUCACCCACCAGUCGUGCCAUACUAAACCACUACUUUAAGGGGCUACCGACGCCUAGCUCCAACAACCAGUUUAGAGAGCCCUCCCCAUUCUACUUGCCCACCUCUGACUCCGGAAGCGAUUCUACUUGCCGGAGGCAUCUCAAACUGCAGCAGAAGAUAAGACCUACCAACCUACCUAGUGUUGCGCCACCUCUCCGUCCCUCAGCACCAGGAUCACCUUGUCCUCGGCGCGGCCGAAAACAACAAUCGCGUCCAAACGUGACAUCCGACAACUACACAGCUAAGGAAGUCCCAAAGAAGGACCCAGCCCGAAAAUCCUUAGCAAAGGGACUCUACAAUCUUAGAUCUAGAGACUCUAUUCCUAGUACUUCUCGUAAGCACAACAACCCUAGGGGCGCUCAGCUCUUGGGCAGGACAACCUCUUCGAAAAGGCGUGCAAGCCGUUCUACAAAGAAGCGAAGUGCGUCUCAAUAUGAAAAUACGGAAGAUAGCCACGACGAUCAGGUAGAUGACGGACGGCCCAGCGCAAUAGAUCAGGGGCCGCCAAAGAAACGUACAAAGAGAUAUCCUUCAACCCCCGAAGCCGACAGCGCUACUGGUCAUCCGGUUCCUAGUCACAGACAAGUUGACCCCCUAUAA